AUGAACGCUAUCGAUGCUACGGACCGGAAUAGCAAGGCGGAUGAUGCUGAGCCUCCCUCGUUACUGACAAUUAUCAUUGACACGAAUCCUCACGCUUGGAAUUUGCUUCAGGACGCCUUGCCAUUGUCCAAAGUCAUCGUCAAUACCCUGGUGCUGAUAAACGCCCACCUGGCUAUCAACCAUGCUAACAAGGUUGCUGUACUGGCGAGUCACUGCGAAAAGGCUGUAUGGCUAUACCCUGCCGCGAAAAUCAGCCAGACAGAGCCUGAAUCGGGAAAUGGAAAUGGUAGCGCCGCGAACUCCAGCCAUCUAGCGGAAAAGGAUGCUUUUACCCAGCCAUUAGAAGAUGCCAACAAGUAUCGACCAUUUGCACAUCUCGAGAAUGUUCUUACGUACAAUCUGCGAGACCUCCUGAAUACCACAACUGCUCAUGCUUUGUCCUCCUCCCCGACGACCAUGAUGGCUGGCGCCCUGACCAUGGCGCUGAAUUACAUUUCCAAGCAAAGUGCUACGCUUCCAACCGGAAAUUCGAGUGCGCAGUUCAAUUACUCCGACCCAAAUGCUGUCGCGGGAGGCAACGACGUCGCCGGUGCAGAUCCAUCGCGACCACACGCGGGCAGUAUGAGUCCUGUGUCGCGUAUCUUGAUCCUUUCUGUUUCUGGCGAUUUAGCGAAUCAAUACAUUCCAAUCAUGAACGCGAUCUUCGCAUGCCAGCGACUCAACAUCCCUAUUGACAUCCUCAAGUUAGCGGGCGACACAGUCUUCUUGCAGCAGGCCGCUGAUGCCACGGGAGGCGUCUACAUGGCCCUCGAUGCGACCACUCGCGCUGGGUUACUACAAUAUCUCAUGUUCGCGUAUCUGCCGGACCAAACCGCGCGUCAACACCUAGUCAUGCCGGGAGAUAGCGCCGGUGUGGAUUUUCGCGCAGCAUGCUUUUGCCAUCGCAGGAUUGUGGACAUCGGUUACGUUUGCUCAAUUUGUUUGAGCAUCUUUUGCGGCGUACUUGCGGAUGGACAAUGUCUCACAUGCGGGAGCCAGCUCCGCCUGACCAAUUACGGAAACAAACCCGCGGUUGUCCCAAAGAAAAAGGCCAAGAAGAAGAAACGACCAAUGGAUGGCGCUGAUAUUACGAUGAGUGGCACGGGAACGCCAAUCUCAUCUUGA